CGGCCGAGGACGAUGGAGCCGGCGGGGGGAGACGGGGUCUCCGGGACCAAGGAGGGAGCGGGAAGCCGGAGCCGCCGGCGAUGGCGGCGAGGCCGGGUCAAAGCCUCCCGCCUGACCCAUGGCAUGGAUCUGAGAUCCAUGACGCAGUCGCUGGUGGCACUCUCGGAGGACAACGCUGCCUACUUUGCCAGCCAGGGCCCCGGGGAGACGGCCCGUCGCCUCGCAGCGGUGUUCACGGGGAUACGGGAGCAGGCGUUGGGGCUGGAGCCAGCCCUGGGCCAGCUGCUGGGAGUGGCCCACCUCUUUGAUCUGGAUGCUGAGACACCUGCCAAUGGCUACCGCAGCCUGGUGCAUACUGCGCGCUGCUGCCUCGCCCACCUGCUCCACAAGGCCCGCUAUGUGGCCACCAGCCGCAAGAGCAUCUUCUUCCGUGCCGGCCACAACCUGGCCGAGCUGGAGGCCUACCUAGCAGCCCUGACGCAGCUGCGAGCCCUGGCCUACUAUGCCCAGCGCCUAUUGGCUGCCAACCGGCCAGGCGGCCUCUUCUUUGAGGGUGAUGGGGGACUCAGUGCCGACUUCCUCAGAGAGUACGGCACCCUGCACAAGGGCUGCUUCUAUGGGCGCUGCUUGGGCUUCCAGUUCACUCCAGCCAUCCGGCCUUUCCUGCAGACCAUCUCCAUCGGGCUGGUCUCCUUUGGGGAGCAUUACAAACGCAAUGAGUCAGGGAUUGGUGUGGCUGCCAGCUCCCUCUUCACCGGUGGCCGCUUUGCUAUCGACCCAGAGCUGCGAGGAGCUGAGUUUGAACGGAUCACCCAGAAUUUGGAUGUGCAUUUCUGGAAGGCCUUCUGGAAUGUAACAGAGAUUGAGGUCCUGUCGUCUCUGGCCAACAUGGUGUCAGCCACAGUGCGGGUGUGCCGGGCCCUCAGCUUGCCCCCUCAAGCCUUCGAGAUCCCCCUGGCCAACAACCCCCAGCUCAAUGUCACCAUCUCACCUCCAGUGGCCCACACGGGUCCGGGCCCUGUGCUGGUUCGACUCAUCUCAUACGACCUUCGCGAGGGCCAGGACAGCGAGGAACUGAAUGUCCUGGCCCGGUCCGAGGGCCCCAGGAGCCUGGAGCUUCGGCCCCGCACCCACCACGCCCCACGCUCCAAGUCCCUGGUCAUUCACAUCCAUGGCGGUGGUUUCGUGGCGCAAACCUCCAAGUCCCACGAGCCCUACCUCAAGAGCUGGGCCCAGGAGCUGGGGGUCCCCAUUCUCUCCAUCGACUACUCCCUGGCCCCUGAGGCCCCCUUCCCUCGGGCCCUAGAGGAGUGUUUCUACGCUUACUGCUGGGCCCUCAAAAACUGUCGCCUCCUGGGCUCAACAGGGGAGCGGGUGUGCCUGGCAGGGGACAGCGCCGGCGGCAACCUCUGCUUCACUGUGUCCCUGCGGGCGGCGGCCUAUGGCGUGAGGAUGCCUGAUGGCAUCAUGGCUGCCUAUCCGGCCACAAUGCUGCAGGCCUCAGCCUCGCCUUCACGCCUCAUGAGCCUCAUGGACCCCCUGCUCCCCCUCAGCGUCCUCUCCAAGUGCCUCAGUGCCUACGCUGGCGUAGAGCCCGACGUCCAGGAAGACCAAGAGCAGCAGGCCCUGGGUGUGAUGGGCCUGGUGAAAAGGGACACAGCCCUACUGCUCCGUGACCUGAGGCUGGGGGCCUCUUCUUGGCUUAACACCUUCCUGGAGCUUGGAGGCCGACGACCCAUUGAGGGCUCCCCGUCAGGGACAGAGACCAUGCGCCGGAGUGUGUCUGAGGCUGCCCUGCAGGAGUCUUCCAGUCUCCCCAAGGACUCCUCUAAAAGUUUGACCUUACAAGACCUGAGCCUGGUGGGGGGCUCCACACCCCCAGUCCUGUCCUCAGGGUCAGAAGAGACCCUGUCAUCGGCCCCUCAGGAGGUGAACUUCUUCCUGCCCCCUUCGGGGACUGAGGAUGAGGCCACGGAAGAGGAGGAAGAGAGCCGGGAGAAUCUGGACUACCUGGGCUCCACCUUCCCCGAAGGCUUCCAGCCCCGGCGUUCCAGCCAAGGCAGGGCCAACCUGUCCCUGCAGACGUCCCCCAUUGUCAAGAACCCCUUCAUGUCCCCGCUGCUGGCCCAUGACUCCAUGCUCCAAUCCCUGCCGCCCGUGCACAUCGUGGCCUGCGCCCUGGACCCCAUGUUGGAUGACUCGGUGAUGUUCGCCCGCCGCCUUCGGGGCCUUGGGCGCCCCGUGAGCCUGCGUGUGGUGGAGGACCUGCCCCACGGCUUCCUGAGCCUGGCAGCCCUGUGCCGUGAGACUCGCCAGGCCACUGCCCUGUGCGUGGAACGCAUCCGCCUCAUCCUCAUGCCAGGGACAGAGAUGCAGACGCCCCCGGCACCCACCAAGCCUCGGUGGUCCGAGCGGCCCCGGACCAAGCAUUCCCCUCAGACCCCUGCCUCAGCCAGCUCAACCCCUGGCCUGCGGAGCCCAGGCCUGGCCCAGGCCCAGCCCUCUCGCCACUCGGGCCUCGGCCCUGCCCGCUCCUGACUAAAGGCCUCCCACUCUCUCUUGGUCCAUUGUGUUUUGCACUCUAGACUCAUGGUAUUAGAGGGGUGGCCCCCCUCCACCUCACACUCCUCCCCCUGUGGGGGCUAACACUCCCCUGGGCCCCUCGGGCCCUGCCAGGAGACACAGAGGCAAGAUGUCGGCACCAAAAGGUGCUUUGAGAUCCUCAUUUUACCUAGGUAGGAAAGUGAAGUGCCCCUCCAUAGUGGAAGGGCACCCUUGGGGCCUGGCACAAGUCCUUCCCCUCCAGGCCUCAGUUUCCCCUCAGUAAAAUGAGAGAGUUGGGCCGGAUGGCCUCUGGGCACCCUCCCAGCUCUAAGUUCAAAGGGGGUGGGUCUGGGCCCACGUGAAGAGGUAAGUGUGGGGCCAGGAGCCCCUGAGGCUGGUGCCUCCUUGUCCUGGAGCCAUGUGACCCCAGCCUGGGCAUCAGGAAGUUCAGGUUCUAGGGCCAGCUCCUCCCCUAGCCUUGCCAGGGCACCUCAGGUGGUCAGAUCGUGAGAGCCCAUUUCACAGAUGUCCCCAAUCUCCCAGGCCACCAUCUGCAUCCCCUCUGGGCCUCCACUUCCACGUGGGUCAUGGUUGGCCCAUUGCCCUCGGGGAUGGAAUGCCUUAGGUCCAUUGGGGAGGGAGGGAGGGAGCAAGCUGCCUGUGCCCCCCAAUGCUUUCCCACUCACUGUGAGCCCUGAGUGGAGGGAGCCCCCCAAACUGCUCCCCCCAACCACUGCCUUCUGCUGCUGCUGCUGCUGCUGCUGCUCUGCUCCCUUUUGUGAAUAAAUGUAUUGAAUUCACCCCA